AUGGGUCCAAGGAAACGAGCAGCAGACGUUUCACCCAUCAACAGACAAGAACAACAAGAAGAAUGUCAACCCAAAGGCCCCUGCAGGUUCCAACACCUUCCACAGGCUUUAGUCAUCGACAUCCUCUCACGGCUAGUCUUGGUCGACACCCUCCUCAACUGCAGGUGCGUAUGCAAAUCCUGGCUUUCCAUUAUCUCCGACCCUCAUUUUUCGCUUACGCGACUCUCGAAAUCACCCACCAUUGGGAUACUGGUCAAGAUCAGAUCUGACAAGAGGAAAUCAAAGGUGAUUGAUUACACCCACUCAUGCAAUGGUUUGCUUCUUUUGUCUGGGGCUGGCCCGACUAGACUUGGCCCCUUGUAUGUCUGCAAUCCCAUUUUGGGUGAGUUCAUCGCUCUUCCGCUGUCUAAUGAGAAGAGGCGAUGCUGUAGCUUCUUCGGACUUGGUUAUAGCGCCGCAACCAAGGAAUAUAAGGUGCUGCAAACAUGUGGCGAUGACUAUCGCAAUGGGGACAAUGAGGCUCAGAUAUACACACUUGGUACUGGAGCUUGGAAAAGCAUUGGGAAAACUCCGAAGGACUCUGCCCAGUUAGCGCCGUUCAAUGCUGAACUCCAUGGAGCUCUUCAUUGGCUUUCCUUUGGUGGAGGAACAUUCCAGUUUAUACAUGCAUUUAACUUUGCAACAGAAGAGUUCCGCACACUACCCGCACCUGGUUACUUUGAGCCAAUCGAGAUGCAGUUUAAAGAGUGUCUCAAGUUGGGAGUGUUUGAUGGUUGUUUGUUUUAUGUGUGUGUGGUGAUGAUCCGAGUCAAUUUGACAUGUGGGUUAUGA